AUGAACAGUCAAAGGACGUUAUUCCGAGCCUUGAGGGCUGUCCCGCGGCGGCACGUCAGGACCUUUUCAAACUUCCCCACGUUCCCUCCCGUCGCAGGAGGCGGCAGCCCGCUCGUCGGAAACAUCCCUCUGCCCUACAUCACCGAGGUUUCGGAAGACGACAUCUUCUCCAAGUUGCUCCAGGAACGCAUUGUCUGCCUCAAUGGCGCGAUUGACGAUACUGUUUCCGCAUCAAUAGUAGCACAGCUCCUGUGGCUCGAGUCCGAUAGCCCCGACAAAGCAAUCACGAUGUACAUCAACUCCCCAGGCGGCUCAGUAUCAUCAGGACUGGCCAUCUACGAUACAAUGACAUAUAUCAAGUCGCCGGUAUCAACAGUAUGCCUCGGCGCCGCCUCCUCCAUGGCGGCGCUGCUCUUGACGGGAGGCGAGGCCGGAAAGAGGUACGCCCUGCCGCACAGCUCCGUCAUGAUCCACCAGCCGCUCGGCGGGACGCAGGGCCAGGCGUCCGACAUCCUCAUCUACGCCAACCAGAUACAGCGCAUCCGCAAGCAGAUCAACGAUAUCAUGAAGCGCCACAUUAACAAGUCGUUCGGCCACGAAAAGUACAGUCUGGAGGAGAUCCACGACCUGAUGGAGCGCGACAACUACCUGUCGGCGGAGGAGGCCAAGAGCAUGGGCGUCAUUGACGAGAUUUUGACACGGAGGGAGGAGAAGGACCUGAAGGAGAAGGACUCGACGGAAGAGCAGAAGACGAAGCCCUAA